CUUAUUUUGUAUUCUUUGUAUUAUUCUUUAUAACAGACUUUGGGCUCCCGGCGAACCUAACAAUGGACUCGCUGAAGAAGAUUGUGUUGAGCUUAACUUUGAAGGAAAACUUAACGAUGAGAGUUGUCUGAGUGCGAAACCAUUCAUCUGUGAGAAAAUGAAGGUUGUUAUUUCAUCCAACAACCGUACAACUCAUUCCCACACUUCAAAAUCAUCGGCACACCACCAUCAAGGCAUCAGUUUAACAACCUCUCGUAAAACCUCGUAUAUUAAUGGCGAUUUUUCUACAUCUGAAACAACUAUUGACUCUAUGGGCGGACAAUUUUGCUCUUACGCAAAUGGUAAAGUUGUGGAGAUUAGUGAAGACGGAUUCUGUCCUGAACAAACUCUCUUAAAUAUAAAAUGGCCACGUACAGCUGCUGGUCAGGAUGCCAUAAUGCCCUGUCCAUCAGGAAGCAACAUGGCCUUCAGGGAGUGCAACAGUUAUCCCGUCUGCUGGGAAGAGAGUCACAAUAUUAACAAUUGUAUUUCUCGGCAAAUAAGGGACUUCUUGAGCGAAGCCACCCCAGAGUUGUCUAAUGGAACAAAUAAAGACAAAGUUGUGGUUUCUAAAAAGCUGGCGGAUGUUACAUCUCAACGGAAAAUGUCAGUUGAAGAUUAUGUCACUGCAUCAAAAUUCUUUAAAAGCUUCAGCAACUCCUUAGAUUUCUCUUCCAAACCUAAGAAAGAAACUGUAGACUCCAUAGUUACGGAUGUUGUACAAAUCGGCAAUAAUUUAAUGUCCGAAGAUCAGGCGAAAGCCUUUGACAACAUGACCAAACACGAAGUGGUGGAAUCGGCCUCAAAUCUGAUGAGUUCUGUGGAUUCUGCGACUAUGAAACUAGUAAAUGCCAUCGACGAACCGCGACUAAUAGUUAAAAAGACAAAGAACAUCGAGGCUCAGCUGCAAGUAUUAAAUGUCGACAAAUUAGAAGAACCGGAAAUAUCGUUUCAAUCUGAAGGCAAUUCUUUCGCUCUUCCUUCUGAAAAUCUGCGAUCCAUUAGCAAAGAUGGCUUGGCUAAAGUUGUGUUUGUGACUUACAACAGUUUACCGGAUCUUAUGCCAACGAUAAAGACGGGUACACCGGACGUUCAAAAGGAUGUUAAAAUCUACAGCAAGAUCAUUAGCGCAUCUGUUGCUAAUUAUCAUGGAGAGGUGCUCCGAGAACCUGUGGAGUUUUCUAUGGAACACACUAAGCCUUUACUAACCCAUGUGAAACCGCGUUGCUCUUUCUGGAACAUGACAGCCAACACACGACCAUAUUGGUCUCAAAGGGGAUGCAAAAUGAUAAACUCAAAUAUUUACCAAACAAAAUGUCGCUGCAAUCAUUUGACAAAUUUUGCCAUUCUCAUGGACGUCGAAGGUAUCGAGAUUUCUUACACCCAUCAGAACGCUCUCCGUAUCAUAACUUACGUUGGUUGUUCAAUAUCGAUGAUUGGUCUUUUCCUCAGUUGGAUCACGUUCAACGUAGUCACUGCUAUACGAGGGGAACGUAACUCCAUACACAAAAAUUUUGUCUUUUGUCUCUUUGUUGCUCAACUUCUUUUCAUGAUUGGUGUUGACAGAACCAAGAAUAAGAUGGUGUGUUCAGUGUUUGCUGGGCUGAUGCAUUACUUCUUCUUGGCUGCAUUCUCUUGGAUGUUGAUGGAAGCUGCCAAAAUCCUCAUCAUGAUUGUCCAGGUGUUCAAAACCGCUAAAUCGAAGAUGAUUUAUUACUAUAUAUUUGGAUAUGGAUUCCCCACCCUGGUUGUCAGUAUUUCAGCCAUCGUCAACUUGGAUGGCUACGGAACAGACAGACAUUGUUGGCUUUCCACAGAAAACUAUUUUGUUUGGGCUUUCAACGGACCCGUGGCCUUUGUCUUGCUGGUGAAUGCCAUAAUCCUGACCUAUGCACUGAUCACUAUUUACCAACAUUCUGGCUACGUCAUUCCUGACGACAUGGUAGGAACAAUCGGCGCUUGGGUUAAAGGUGCCCUCUCCCUCGAAGUUAUCCUUGGUCUGACGUGGGUCUUUGGAUUCUUCUACAUGAACGAAGCUACUCUCGUCGUUGCGUACAUCUUCACCAUUUUAAACAGUCUACAAGGAUACUUCAUAUACUGCUUCCACUGUCUUGGCAAUAAGCAGGUAUGGAAAGAAUACAAACGGUUUCUAAAGGUGAAAGAAAAGUCGACUUCUGGCACAAGUACCAAAACUGCUUCAGUUACGAGAAAACCGACAGAUGCAGCAAACUACGAAAUGGCGGCUCCGAACCACAACAAACAGUAACAUUUAUCUUCGGGCGCUAGAUUUUCUACACAUGAACAUAUGCAUAUAUGUGUAUAUAAUUAUAUACAUACAAUUACAUAAGCACACACAAUUAUAUAUAUGCACAUGUAUAUAUAUGUGUGCUAUAUAAACAUUAUGAUAUAUAAUUUAUGCAUAUGUAUAUAAUAUAUAUAUGUGUGUGUGGUUUUAAUUUGGGAGUCAUUUGAAGGCUCUCAAAGAACACAGAAUGGACAGACAGAAGUAAUUUAAAACAACUCAAAGAAAUAUCCCAUCUAAAACUGACAAAAAUUUACCUUUUUCAUUAAAAAAAAAAUUUCUUUUCAUUUUUUUCAUUUUUUUUUUUUAGUCUUUAUUUUCAUUUUUUUUUUUUCUGAGAAUUGGAUCGUACAUAUUGCAAAGAGAUAGAAAGCUCUUUUGUUGCAGAAAUUCAGAAUCAAAAUAAGCAAAGGAAUGCUUGACAAGCAACAAAAUACCCACAAAAUAUAAUCAUAAUAUUAUUAUUAUAUAAUGAUUUCUAACGAAAAUUGAAAGGAAAAAAAAAAUAUUCCAAACACAUAAAAGUAAUUUUUUAAAAGAAAAACUUUAUUA